GGUGCUGGGGUGAACACUCCUCAUCUGGUCGGGGCCGCCCACCUGGCUGCUACCGCCCUCCCUGCCGCCCACAUUUCCCCCCACCCACCAUGUGACCCCCCAACCCAUCGAUGCUGCUCGUGCCACCCACCUCGCGCUCCGCCCACGCCGCCGAGCCUGUGGUGCCGCCCACCUCUGACAACAGGUGUCACACCUACCCAAACACUCUGGUGCCUAUCAAAGGAGAACCCGGCCACCUACACCCACAUCUCCCACACAUGUCAGGCCUGAACGACACCCAAUACCCGCCCGCGUCUACCGCCACCCACUCGGCGCCCAACACACCCGCGCCUCCAUCUACACCCACACCCGCGCCACCGGUAUCCGCUCCGUCAGAUCGUUCAGCGUCGGGAGGAUCGGCUAGCGGCGGACCUCUCUCUAUCAUCCCUCCAUCUGUCGUAGGACCUUCCGGUCCCAUUCUUCCCGCAUCUACAAGCACGGGAUCAGUGGGAGGUGGGUCAGUGGGCGCUCUCACCCCAGCUAUGCCCGUUCCCGGUCCCUCAAACCCACAACAGCAGCAGCAACAACAGGGACAGCAACAACAGCAGCAGCAACAACAACAGCCUCCGCUACAUCACCCGCUUCUAGGCUACGUCUCGCACGGCAACAAGAUUCUCUCUCGUAAUCUCAACGGCACGCGGAACACCUACCCUACCAUCAGCCAGUCAGAUCGGCGAGUGGAGCCCAUUAGACGAGUCCAAGAAUACGGAUUACCAAGUAAGAUUUAAACGCAUGUCCUCUCGCCCCAAACCCCAAGCCAAGACCCAAAACCCAAGCCAAGACCCAAACCCCAAGCCAAGACCCAAACCCCAAGCCAAG